UGAAUUUGAAAACCCAAAAAAAGAAAAAAAAACAACCAGAAGAGAGAGAGAGUGAGUAGAGAUGAGAGGAGGCAGAGGCAGAGGCAGAGGAGGAUGGAGCAGAAGAAGAAUCAGAGGAGAUGAUGAUGAAGAAGAAGAAGAACAUCAUACUGGUAGUGGUGAUGCAGAAUCUGAGUCUGAGGAAGCAGCAGCUAUUAGGUUAGAACUGGAACAAAACGAACAACAAGGUGAAGAUGAUGAUGAUGAAGAAGAAGAGGAAGAGUUUGCUGAAGCGGAAGAAACCAUGGCGGUGGAAAAAAGCGGGAAUCAUACUCAAGAAGAGGGUUUUGUUGAUUCUGAGGUUCAAGAAGAGGAGGAGGAAGAAGAUGAAGAGAACGAUGAGAAACAACUCCCACCUAAACUUGAUGAGGGGUUUUAUGAAAUUGAACAUGUCAGAAGGAAAAGGGUCCGCAAGGGGCAAGCUCAGUAUCUCAUUAAAUGGCGUGGAUGGCCCGAGACAGCGAAUACAUGGGAACCCAUUGAAAACUUACAAGCAUGUGUAGAUGUCGUUGAUGCAUUUGAAGAAAGCUUACAGUCGGGUUCAAAGGGUCGAAAGAGGAAGCGCAGGGGUUCUUUUUCCCAACCCAAGAAGACACAACAGCGUACGCCGUCUUCAAAUGUGUCUGGUUCUAGGCCAGGACGUAAGCCCCGAUCAUUGACGUCUCCCUCUACUGAGAAUUCAAGGCCUACUCCCUCUGCUGAGAAUUCAAGACCUACUCCCUCUGCUGAGAAUUCAAGACCUUCAACUCGUCGUCAUAGAGUUGCAAGUAAAUCACUUUAUGGAGAAAAAAAAGGGAAUGUGACGAAUGAAGGUGAGGCUAAGAUUGUGGAUGGUAACAAUGUGGGUACAGUUACCCAACCAACCGAGAAUCAGAAUGAGCUCAGACAGAGAACCUGCACAGACAAUGUAAAUUCUGACAGUGGGAAGGUUUCUAUACAAUUUCCUGAUAUGCGGACUUCAGACAAGGUAGAAAGUCAAAGAGUUGAGCUUGGAAGAGUAGAUUUUGAUGAAAGUAUCCAAAGUAAUCGCUUCACAGGAGCUAGAAGGAGGAAAUCUGGAAAUGUCAAGAGGUUUAAGAAGGAAUCGGCUGUAUCAAUCAUAGACAAAGCUCAAAAUGGAGAUAAGUUUGAGGCACAUAGGGACAGUGAAGGACUGACAAGGGAUGAUGCAGCUGACCAGCGUAAGGCAGAAAGGUUGUCCAACAGAUCUUAUAUUACCAAGAUCAUCAAGCCUAUUGGUUAUUCAGCUUCAAUAUCGAAUGAUGUACAGGAUGUGUGUGUCUCUUUUGUGGUGAUGAGCUCUGAUGGGAGAGAGGUGGUGGUGGAUAAUAAAAAGCUGAAGAUUGACCACCCGCAACUGUUGAUAAGCUUCUACGAGCAACAUCUUCGUUACAGCCCUCCUGUAUACCCUCCUGCAUGAGAUACAAAAGGGUUCUUCAUGAAUUAGUGUUGCUGACACGGAGGAGUUCAAAGACAUAGUGCUUAUGAGUCUGAUGAGAUGUAAUCAGCUUUUUUUGUUCUCUCUAUGUUAUUUUUUUCUAUGCACACGUAUUAUAUGUAAAAGAUAUGGCUAAUAUAUUCUUAGGGCAGGUUGAAGAGAAAUGUUCAGGGCAGGUUGAAGAGAAAUGUUCGCGCUUUAUUAUAGUUAUAACAUACUAGUUAGGACCUUCUUUGUGAUUUGCAUGUGCACAUUAUGAGUUUCUCUCUGAAGUUGAAAUGGCUCACUAAUGUUAAACAUUUCAGAACUGAUUCAUCCAUUUUAGUGGGGUUUUGAACAUA